GUGGUUUGCCACCAAUAUUAGUGCAAACAGGCGAUGGAGAAAUAUUAAGAGAUGAAAAUAUCUAUUUUGCUUAUAAAGCUGCUAAUCCGGAAAAAUACAAUUUGCCCCAUUACAAUGCUGAAAAAUUUAAAAAUUCUCCUUAUAAAACACCUACAAAAGUUGUUCUUGAAGUUUAUCAAGAAAUGCCUCACGUCUUCCAGCUAUUUACGGGCAACAAUAUAUCAUCAACGAUAGCCUUUGAACGAACAGCUGAAUUUAUUGAACAAUUAUUAUCAGGCAAAGGGGAAAAAGAAUUAAAAGCUUUACAGAUCACAUACAAAGGUGAAAUUAUUGAAAAGUUGAAAGAUGAACAUUACAAGUUACUUGAAUGGGAAAAUGUUGGUAUUGUUCCAUCUGACAUCGAAACAGUUUAUCGUACUAGACCGAACAAUAAUAAGUCGUAA